AUGGAGACAAUGUUGGAACAGCAGAGGAGAUACCACGAGGAGAGGGAACGGCUGGAGGAGGCGAUGGUUAAGGAGAAUAUGACCAAAAAGAGUUCCGUAAGUGAUCUCACCAUCGAUGAGACAAUAAAUAGGGAUCAAAUCAACUCCGACCACAGGCUGAAGAUACUGCUGGACUUUCUCAAAAUGGGCAAACAUCCCAAUGAGAUCAGUGUCCCGAUGGCUGUCGAGUUCGACGAGUUCUUCAAGAUCCGCGACAAUCCCAAUGAGAUAAAUCUGGUCGACUUCACCGAUGAGGAAGGCUAUGGCAAGUUCUUGGAUCUGAACCACUGCUUCGAGAAGUACCUGAACCUGAAAAGCGUCGACAGAAUCGACUAUUUGUCGUAUUUAUCGCUUUUCGAUCAACUCUUCGAUGUGCCGAAGGAUCGCAAACUGAACGCCGAUUACGUGCGCUAUUUGGAGACACUCUUGGACUACCUCCAGGACUACUGUUCCCGCGUUAAGCCCUUGCUAUCGCUGCCAACCAUAAUGGAGAAAGUGUUGGUCGACUUUGAGAAGCAGUGGGAGUCGGGAUCGUUCCCGGGGUGGCCGAAAGAGGCGGGGAGUGCACUGACCCACGCGGGCGCCCACUUGGAUCUGUCGGCGUUCACAUCUGUCGAGGAGUUGGCGUCACUCGGAUUGGAUCGCCUGAAGUCGGCGCUCAUCGCACUGGGACUCAAGCAAGUCACAUCGGUCGAGGAGUUGGCGUCACUCGGAUUGGAUCGCCUGAAGUCGGCGCUCAUCGCACUGGGACUCAAGUGCGGCGGCACUCUCGAGGAGAGGGCACACCGUUUGUGGCACACGAAAGGCAAGUCCGCCGACGAAAUCGAUCCGACGUUCUUCGCGAAGACAUCGAAACGCGGAAAAGCGGGCAAAACGAAGGACACGGAGCGUCAGAAGGAGACGGCGAUACUCGAGGCACAGGUGUAUAAGUUGUCGGAAAUCCUGUCCGAACAGAGACAGGCGACCAAAGAGAACGUACAGCGCAAACAGGCGCGCACUGCCGGCGAGCGCCAAGAGUCCGAUGAGGAGGUGUCGGAGUCCGAGUCGGAGGAGGAAACCGAGACUGACGUGAUCUACAACCCGAAGAACCUGCCGCUCGGUUGGGACGGCAAACCCAUACCCUAUUGGUUGUACAAACUGCACGGCCUGAACAUCACGUACACGUGCGAGAUAUGCGGUAACGCCACGUAUAAGGGCCCGAAGGCCUUCCAGCGGCACUUCGCGGAGUGGCGUCACGCGCACGGCAUGCGGUGUCUCGGCAUACCUAAUACGGCGCACUUCGCUAAUGUCACCCAAAUAGAGGACGCGCUGGCGCUCUGGCAACGGCUCAAAGAGGAGAAGCAUAAGGAGAAGUUCCAGCCCAGCAAUGAAGAGGAAUACGAGGACACGCAGGGGAAUGUCGUCAAUAAGAAGACCUACGAAGACCUCAAGAGACAGGGACUCCUAUGA